AGGGCAGGAUUUCACACACUUAUCCUGGUGGGGGUUGGACACUCAAGUGACAGGACUAGCCACCUCAUUGAGGAGUCUGAAAGUUUCUCAGUGGGACUUUAUCUUCUUUCACUGUGACAUCUCCUGGCCUUUAAAAGGAUGUUCAGAAUCAGGGGGAAAAUUCUGGAAAACUUUUGGGAAUUCUUCCAUGUUGGAGAAGAUACUGGGAAUGCCUGAGCCACAGUGAAGAGCAAGGAAAGAAUUGGAUGAUGUUUGCUGCAGUGAUAACAGCAGCAGCAAUGAUGUGCUCUGCAUUGCAGAGCUCAGAAGCCCUGCAGCGGGGGCCAGCAUGCUGGGAUGGGUGGCUGUCAGGAACCGAGGGGAACGGCAGCUGCACAGCUUCACAGCCUUUCCUGAUGUUCUGCCAUGGGAAAUCCAUCCAUCGGAUUGGCCUGGACGGCAGGAACCAAAAGCGGCUCGUGUCCCCAGUGGGAAGCUCCGUCCUACUCGACUUUCAUUUCAAAGGAGAGAGUGUCUACUGGGCUGACAGGAGGACGGGGGUGAUCUACACAGCUUCAGUGAGAGCAGCACGCAGACAGAAACUGUACUCUUUUGACAAACACAUCUCCGGCCUUGCAGUGGACUGGAUAGGGAACUUUGUGUACUGGACCAGUGAGGAGAAGGGGGAGGUACGGAGAAUGGAUACGAAUGGAAAAAAUGAGAGGACACUUUUAAGGAAUUUAACCAAACCAAGCUCCAUCAGUGUUGACCCAACUUUCAGGUUUUUGUUUUGGCUUUCUUUUGGGAUGGUCUCCAGUGUCCAGCGGUCUGAUGAGGGGGGUCGGAUCAUAAUGACUCUGCUCACGUCAGCAGAGCAGCUCAAAGCACUGACCAUCGACCACCAGCACAGGAGGCUGUUCUGGGCUCAGUUUGGUCUGCAGGGAGAGAGCGCCAUCGCCUCCUGUGACUACAGUGGAAAGGUCCUCCACAUCAUGGACCUGCCGCUUCAGUCUCCCUCAUUUGCAAUGUCACUUUUCCUGGAGCAUCUUUACUACACUGAUGCCAGGUCACAUGUGGUGAAGCGGUUGAACAAGUACACUGGUGGAAAGCCACUGGACGUUAACAUCAAACCAAUGACAAAAGCUCCUGUUGCCCUGAAGGUGGUGCAUCCUCUCAAUCAGCCAACGUCGCUGUCUUCAGGCUGUGACGAGAGGAGUGGCGUCUGUGUGAACGUGUGUUCCAGUCCAGGAGAGCCUGGCGUCUGUCAGUGCAGUGAAGGAUUCACUCUCAGUAAGCAGGGCACCCACUGUGAAGAUGUGAAUGAAUGCGCCCACUGGAACCACGGCUGCUCUCUCGGUUGUGAAAACAUCCCCGGCUCAUAUUUCUGUACCUGCCCCGAAGGAUACGGCCUCCUGCCUGACAGGAAAACAUGCAAAGAAAUCAUCCCAUGUGGGGGCAAAGUCACAAACUGUGGACGUGGAUGCCUCCCAACAGAAGCUGGACUGGUCUGUGUUUGCCCUCGGGGGUCUGCUCUGCUGGACGAUGGACAGACGUGCUCAGGACCUCCCCCCUCUCUGCUGGUUGCCAAUCUGGUGGAUGUGCGAGUCAUCAGUGCUGACGGUAGUGAGGAUCAGACGCUGGUGAGGGAUCCCAGAGGAGCCAUCUUAGCUGUGGACUAUGAUCCCAUCCAGAACCAGGUGUACUUUGCCAGCAUCAGUCAGAAAACCAUCGAGCGCAUCCAUCUUAAAGGGGGCUCCAGAGACCUCCUGGUCUCUGAUGAUUUGCUCUCUCCAGAAGGACUGGCAGUGGACUGGGUUCACCGCAGGAUGUACUGGACUGACAGCAGCAAGUCGACGAUUGAUGGCAGCACUCUGGCUGGACACAACAGAAAGACGGUGGUCAGGGAGAAGCUGGAGAGGCCAAAAGGAAUCGCAGUUCAUCCUCUGAAAAAGAAGUUAAUCUGGACCGAUGUUGGAAGGCGGCCGGUGGUGGAGGCUUCAUCUUUGGAGGGGGGUGACAGGGCUGUCAUUGCAAGUUCUGGACUUGUGGCCCCCACUGGCCUGACCAUCGACUUCACAGAGGACCGACUGUUCUGGUGUGACCAGAAGAGGGGUGUGAUUGAAAGCGCUGGCUUGGACGGAUCUGAUCGACGGGUUGUGUCAGAGAACCAAGUAGGUCAACCCUUCAACCUGGCGGUGUUUGAAGACCAACUCUGGGUCUCAGACUGGGAGCGGCAGCAGAUCAGGACUGUGCACAAGCGGAAUGGGAAGAACCUGCAGUGGACCCACAGCAGCUUUCUGCUGCCAGCAUCUGUGAUAGUGCUUCAUGGCCUCACCAAACCAGGAGCAGACGCCUGCCUUCACCUGAACGGAGGCUGCACUCAGGUGUGUGAAAGCCAGGAGGGGUUGGCGCGCUGCUCCUGCCUGCCACGCUACGUCCUGUCCACCGAUGGGAAAACCUGCUCACCUGUCCAUGGCUCGGAUGCAGAGCUGGAGUCUCCAUCAUCAUGGAUGACAACCACAAGUCCUGUUGAAGACAGGACUCAGCACCACAACCGGAGCUCCGCUCAGAGGUGUCCGUCCAGCCAUGAGGCCUACUGCCUGUACCAGGGCGUCUGCUUCUACUACCCUGAGAUGGAGGCCUACGCCUGCAACUGUGUAUCGGGGUACAUGGGGGAGCGCUGCCAGUUCAGCGACCUGGAGUGGUUGGAGCUUCGGCGGGCUGAGAAGGAGAAGAGGAAGAAGGUGACCAUUGCAGCCUGCAUAGUGGUGCUCCUGUCCCUGCUCUCCCUCAUCGCAUGCGUCACCUACUGUUUCAGGACCAGAAGACUCCUCUAUAAGGGCCCCUCUGUGGAUGAUGUAAGGGAGAUCAGUGUGGCAGAAGAGAGCGUGUCCCAGAGCACCACCGCCAGUCUUCCUCAGUUCUGCCCCGCAGCAGAGCGCCGAGUGGUGGGAGGGGCCCUGCCUACAGACUCUCCAAAAACAGCCAGGAGUUCGUCCAGCACCACAGAAACAGACACAGGAUCUUUGUCCAAACACAUCUGGUACCAAAGUCCCGCAGCAGCAGCUGUUGUCAUGGAGACCACCCAACCAGAUACCAAGCCCACCAGUCUAUCACAGUCUGGCUCCUGUCAUGGCAGCUCCUCAUCUUUUCAGGAUCCUUUCUAACUCUGGCAUGAUGCCGGCACACUUCCUGCAGACAAAUGUAGAUGAAGUCAAACAUGAAAAAGCAGCGUCAGGUUUUUUCUUUUUUGGAAAAACAACGUAUUGUGUUCAGAGUGAAGAUAAUAAAGAACGUUUGUUCAGCGUGCUCACGUGGA